AGAAUUCUAUUUCUCAACGUAGCCGUAAACUGCCAUCGAUUUCUACAUCAAUGGCCGUUCAAUUUUCCGAAAGAUCAAACCAAUGGAUCAUGCGAUAAGCGCGUUGAAGUUGCAUGCGCAUACCUGAUAAUCGCUGGAAUUAUGUUCAGUCUUUACUUUAUAUGGCUGAGAACAGCCAAGGAAAAGGUUCAAAGUGGCACAAAAGAAGAUAUACUUGGAGAUUCUUCCGAGUACAUGUUGGUCGAUUGGCUUGAAGACGGGGGGAGAAUAUUGCCAAUCCAAAGGUUCCAGGAUCUUUUUAGAAGGCAGUCUUAUAUGUCGAGUGUGGUUAUGAUCAGUUGUGAAAAUAUCAGGGUUGUGUUCAAUGUAAUAACAAAUGGAGGUUCAAAUGUAGCUACACUCAUCACGCUAGGAGAUCUAUAG